GCAGCGGGAAGAUGGAGAACAAAGCCAUGUACCUUCACACCUUCAACGAGAGGGAGAACGGCUCCAUCUUCGAGGAGCCCUUUGAGGGAAGGAACCUCUCCAAACUGAACCUCUGCGAGGAUGGUCCUGGGAGGAGGAUGAAGGCAGCAGGACGCUGCGGCCGGCUGGGCUCCUUGGCAGCUCUGAAGUACGCCGUGGUGGGACUCUACCUCCUCGUCUUCCUCAUCCUUGUUGGGGUCUUCAUCCUUGCAGUCUCCAGGCCACAGACAUCCCCUGAGGACCUGAAGGCACUGAUGGGGAACGUCAACCGCCUCAACGAGAGCUUUAGGGACAUGCAGCUGAAGCUGCUGCACCUACCUCUGAAGGGGGAUGUGCUCGAUCACAUCUGGAGGCUCCAGGACCUCCUGCAGAACCACUCGGACUCCUUGUUCCUCAUGACGGGGUCACUGCAGAAGCUGGAAGGGCUUCUCUGGAGCCUGCAGACCCAGGCCAGCCAAACUGACAAGGCGGUGUCCAACCUCUGGGACAGCUUGACCCAGCAGAGCGACGCGGCUCAGCAGGAGAUGUACAAGCUCUCCGUGGAAGGCAACAGCAGCCGGCUUCUGCUGCAGCACCACGACCACCUCCUGAGCCACCUGGGCAGCAGGGUGGAGAGCCUGAGUGACCAGGUGACGGCUGUCAGCGGGGCCGUGGACACCAUGAACAGGACCUUCUCCUACGACGUAAACAUCCACCACACCCGCAUCCAGGACCUGCAGGUGCUGAUCAGCAACGCCACCGAAGAUGCCCGGCAGAUGCGGCUCAUCCAUAUAGCCAUGGAGGAGCAGCUGAAGCACGAGCUGGCCAUCCUCAACAACGUGACCGAGGACCUGCGGCUGAAGGACUGGGAGCACUCUGUGGCCCUGAAGAACAUCUCUGUGAUACGGGGGCCACCAGGACCCAAAGGAGACCAAGGCAAUGAAGGGAUGGAGGGUGAACCUGGUCUUCCUGGCCUGCCUGGGCUGCGAGGGCUACCUGGGGAAAGAGGACCACCAGGACCGCGUGGCUUGAAAGGGGACCAAGGAGACCUUGGCCCUCCCGGUCCAGUGGGGUUGAGGGGAUUCAAAGGUGACCGAGGCCCGAAGGGAGAGAAGGGGGACCGAGGUGGAAGCACAGCAGCAGCCACCGAGGAGGGGAUGAUACGGCUGGUGAACGGCUCCGGCUCCCACGAGGGCCGGGUGGAGGUCUUCUACGACCGGCGGUGGGGCACGGUGUGCGACGACGGCUGGGACAAGAAGGAUGGAGACGUGGUGUGCCGGAUGCUGGGCUUCCGAGGCGCCGAGGAGGUGUAUCGCAUGGCCCGCUUCGGCCAAGGCACUGGGAGGAUCUGGAUGGACGACGUCUCCUGCAAGGGGACAGAGGACACGCUGCUGCACUGCAGCUUCUCCAGCUGGGGCAAGACCAACUGCGGCCACGCCGAGGACGCCGGCGUGAAAUGCCUGACGCCGUGAUGGGGGGGGGGG